AUGUCUUUCACGGAGACAGUUCGUCUGAAAGUAUACCGGAAUACUACUUAUACAACUGAACCUGAUGGGUCUAUCACGAUACAACGGGAUGCGCCGGACAGUUAUUUUAACAUUGAUCGUAUGUUAGAUUUCUCGGAACUUGUGGAUAAGGUGGUCCGUGAGAAAAAAGUUCAAGGUAUCACGCGGUUCAAUUUGGCCGCGUACCGGGAUCAGCUUGCAGUUCUCGCAGAGUCUGAUAUGGAUGCCGUUACUGUGAAGUAUGUUACGGAUCCGACGGACUCUGAAAAUGCGAGGGGUUUUCACAGCUCUGCAGAGACCUUGCGCCUCAUGGCCACAUUGAUGGAGGACGUUCGUAGUCUGAGUAUUAUAGGCCAACGUACUUUCGACGCGGACUCCUUUGGUUAUGAUCGCUUAGGCGAGAUUGCCCAGGUUGCUGAGCGGGCGUUGUCCGUCAAUGCAACGAAUGUUGUACGUCACGAUCUCGAUAGGCAUGUUGAGGUUAAUGACAUUUUGUGUCAAGAACUUGCACCUGUAGACCCGACCCAGCAACAUCCACCACCCAGACCUCCGAGGCGUUCGUGCAGGUCUCAGCGUGGGCGUGGGGGGCAAGAGACAAUCACAUCCACUCAGCAGUCUCAUAUUCCUUUCACUGGCGGUUCAUCCCAUCAGUCUCCAUUCCAUUCUCGACAGUAUUCAUCCCAUCAGUCUCCACAUCAUUCUCCACAUCAUUCAUCCUAUCAGUCUCCACAUCAUUCUCCACAUCAGUCUCCACAUUAUUCUUCGCCGACCCAACAGGCGUUUUACCGUCCGAUUAUGUCUCCCCAGCACCAGCAGUCCCAUUUUGCCUUCACUCAGUUUUCCUCCCCUCAGACUUCUCAGCCUCAGUUUGGAGAUUCUUUUAUUGACUUUUCUGGGUUUCAGCAGAGUUCGCUAGAUGGCCAGUCGAUACAUUACACGAGUAACUUUCUUUCGAGUAUGUUCGAGGGUGUUGCGGGUCAGCAUCAGGCUGAUGAUCCAACUGGAGGUGAGCGUGAGAGUCAGGGUGAAGAUGAGGCUGAGGAUGAGGUUGAGGAUGCAGACCAGGAUGAUCAGUUUGAGGGUCAGGGUUAUCAGCGCCAUGAGGAGCAGGGAUCGAGUCAGACUCUAGGGGCUCCACCGUUGGCUGUGAGUAAAGGCCAGAGAGUUACGAAGGAGCCCGAUAGAUUGACUUAUAGCCUUUUUCGGGCUAAAAAGCCCAAGAAGAAGUAG